UGCACAAAGAUAACUCUGAUCCUUUCCUUUGUCGGUUUACAGAGAGGAUACUGAUAUAUUGAGAGCGAUUGGAGCCCUAACUGUUUCUGACACGAAUCACAUACGUAUAUUUUAGAUAUUCAUGAUUCAUCGUCGUCGUCAUCAUCAUCAUUAGGAGGCGCAAUUUCGUCACCACUUCAUCUGCUUUUGAUCUUGAUAUAGACAUGGCAACUGUAAUGGAAGAAUCAGGAACAGACUCAGCGUCAACAAGAAGCAGCCUGUCAGUUUCCGAGAGGGAGAGAAACAGUUUGACCCUCCAUGAUGGGCCUCCGGUAGACGACUGCUGCCCUAUUUGUUUCGGCUCCUUCUCCGCUCCAUGCCGAGGCCCUUGUGGCCACUGGUACUGCGGCGGUUGUAUCAUGGAGUACUGGAACCAUGUUGCAGCAUUUCGGCCUUGCAAGUGCCCUAUGUGCUCUGGUCCUAUUACAAGAUUGACGCCUGAAGCAACAUUAUUCCAGCAGCAGGAUCCAGGGGUACGUGAGGUUCUCAAGAAUGUUAGGCAGUACAAUUGCCUUUUUGCUGGAGGUGCUUGCGGUUUCAUUCUGCAAGUACUUCAGCUCCCCUUAUUUGUCAAGAGAAUGCUUCAAGCGAUGAUGGAUCCUGAUAGACCGGUUGCUUACCUUAGCAGAUUGCGUUUAGUUGCAGUGUUUCUUGGUGCUCUCUAUACACUUAGUCCUUUUGACUUUCUUCCAAGAUGGCGGUACCUUGAUCCUAUAGACUUAUUCGACUGCUCUGCUAUUGUUUUGUCAUUCAGCUUGUACUUUGUUGGGCUCUAUUCACGAAGAAGACGCCUAAGAUAUUUAAGGGAACAGGCUCCCGUUCCACACUUUGACGUAGAUAUGUGACACUAUAUACUCCUACGUUCCUCUUCCUUCGAUCAUAUUCCAUAUUAUGAUUCGCGAUUAACCCACAAAUUACAUGGUGAAUGUGGUCUAGCGUCGUGUAAUUAGGCUUUGUAUGUAUGUAUAUAUAUACGUAUGCACAAAAGGUUUGUUUUCCUUUUUUUUUUGGUUCCUUCGAUUCUUCUAUAGAGAUGGUUGAAGGUGCAGUCGGUGGGCGUGAUUGUCUUUUUAUUUGAUUUUUUAGCGGCUACAAGUAUAGGGUAGAGGAUAAAUGAAAUCUAUAAACAUGGACCUUAAGAAUCAGCAGCAACUUGUGUAUCAUGCUCUA